GUUUUGUAGCUGAUGAAGAAUUGUGCAAACGCAACUCAUUCGCCUCUAUCACUCAAUUCAGCGCACAGGUCGAAUCACGAUGGCUGAAGUCAAGGUAACGCCGGGCGAGCGGAUCGACGCCAAGUAUGCAUCGUUCGACAUCAUCGAUACAGCUUACAAGCAUAUCCAUGGUGUGCCAAUACCUACAUCGAUUCUUGUACCGAAGCAACUACCUUCAGGAAAACAUCCCGUGUUGGUCCGUUGGCAUGGUGGAGGUUUUGGCACAGGCCAUCGACUAUUCGCAGAAUGGUUCGGAGACUGGACAUUGAAUCUUGCCCUACGACACUCAGCGAUCGUCAUAUCACCGGACUACCGCCUCAUGCCCGAGUCUAAAGGCGUGGAUAUCCUGCAAGACGCUGCGGACUUCUACUCUUGGCUGUUCGACAAAGCUCCCGAGGCUUUGCCCCAAGGUAUUGAUAUCGAUCUACUUAAGAUCCUAGUCACAGGAGAAAGCGCAGGCGGCUGGCUAGCUCUUCAAGCCGGUUUCUUGAUUCCAGAUCGUGUUGGUGCGAUCAUAUCCCAUUAUCCCAUGGUAGAUAUGAGAAGCCCACAUUUCACACAAAAGUACGAGAAGCAGUUGAUGGAGACUCCACAAAUCGAUCCACAAAUAUUGGAUGAGUACGUUGUGAAAAUGAAACCUGGCUCGAUUGUCACAUCACGCAUUCCGCCGGAAGGCUCAGAAUUCGUCGCUAUCAUGUUCCAACAAGGCUCCUUUCCGAAGUACUUUGGGACGGAGAAGGAAUUGCAUCCGCUAGAAAUGUUGGAGACUGCGACCUCUUUCCCGCCGAUAUGGCUGAUCCAUGGGACGAAGGAUUCCAUGGUCCCUGUUGCGAGCACUGAGAAGUUUGCAGCAGCGUUGGAAAAGGUGUUGCCGGACACGCCCUCGUAUGUCACGAUGCAGGAAGGCGAAGAGCACGGAUUUGAUCUCCAUGAUGCUGCCAGUGGUGGACCUGCUUCUCUCGAGACGGAUUGGGUGAAGUCUGGACUGGAGUUUGUGGAUAAGUAUUGGCCGGACAAGGGAUAAGUAUUGGGAUUGGCCCAAGACUGAUGGAAGACGUAGAGAUAUUUGGCCGAGUGCCACGAAAGUUGCUCUCA